GUCCUAUGAUGCACCCCCAAAUGCAUCAACAAAUGAUGGGUCCACCUGGUUAUCCGAACUUUUAUCCUGGCAAUCCAAUGAUGUCGCCCCAGUACGGAGCCCCCAUGAUACAAGGGGGUGGGGGCAUGUACAUGAACCCAAUGAUGCAACCAACGCCUCCAGGAUAUUUCAUGCCGCCACAGGGGCCUUUUCAGCAACCCUACAACUACCCGCAACAGUUUUUCAACCAUCCACAAGCGAUGAUGCAGCCGCAGCAGUUUAAUCAGCCGCAGGCAAUUAUGGGAGGUCCUCCUCACAAUCGUAAUACCAUGCCGGUGAAUGCCAGUGAGCCUGUUGUAGAAUACUUGAAUGAUGACGCUAAGGAGGAGUCGGCAACAUCAGAAAGCGAGGCUCGUACUGCUGCGCAUGUGACGAUGGAAAUGGUACGGCUUCUUUGUCAACGGUUGAGGCUUGGUUCGAGCGGUGCCUUGAAUAAACGAGAACCUCUCUUCCCAUGUGACCCGCCACAAACGGCGCAAACAGCGCUUCACGCAGCAGCCUGGCGCUGUGCAGAAGGCCACUGCGCACCCGUCGGGCGGUACUUGAUCCGGAUGUGCGGGAUGGAUGUGAAUGUGCUCGAUUCAACCGGCAUGAUGCCACUCCAUGUUGCGGCGGAGAGGGGCUCGCUGGAGGCCGCUC